CUCAACCGGAACUUCCGCCUAGUCUGAACGGAAGUAGGUACGUGGCCGCUUCAGCUGACAGUCUACAUGAUGGCGACAGAGGUUCAGAGCGGCGACCUCGACAGCGCUACCUCCAGCCGGCUCGAAGUUUCCAUCGAUGGCCUCACCCUCAGUCCCGACCCGGAGGGUGAGCAGAGCCAGGUCGAAGAGCCGGACCCUAACCCCGCGGAACCCGGGACAGACACGCCGGGUGUCGCCGACGCCGCCGCCGCUGAAGGCGAAGAUGGAGAGACUGGCAAAUCGGCGAUAGAGAGGAAAUGGGGCUUCCCUCUGCAGGAGCUGUACGGGAUGGGCCUUAAAUUCUUCAAAGAUAAAGAUGGCAAGGCCUUCCACCCGACCUAUGAGGAGAAGCUUCGGCUCGUGGCUCUGCACAAACAGGUGUUGUUGGGCCCUUAUAAUCCAGAUGCUUCACCGGAGGUCGGCUUCUUUGAUGUCCUGGGCAAUGACCGCAGAAAAGAGUGGGCCUCCUUGGGUAACUUGGAGAGGGAGGAGGCCAUGGUGGAGUUUGUCAAGCUGCUGAACAAGUGCUGUAACCUCUUUGCUCCCUAUGUCACCUCACACAAGAUCGAAAGGGAGGAGCAGGAGAGGAAAAGGAAAGAAGAAGAGGAGCGCCAGCGUCAGGAGGAGGAGGAGAGGGAGCGACAAAGGCAGGAGGAAGAGAGACGGAGGCUUGAGGAGGAGGAGAGGCUGAGGAGAGAGGAAGAGGAAAGGAGACAGGCAGAGGAGGAGAGGCUACGGGUUGAGCAGCAGAAACAACAGAUAAUGGCGGCAUUGAAUGCGCAGACAGCAGUGCAGUUUCAACAGUAUGCUGCUCAGCAGUACCCCAACAGCCCAGAGCAACAGUUGGGCCUCAUCCGACAGCUCCAGGAGCAGCACUACCAGCAGUACAUGCAGCAGCUCUACCAGGUCCAGCUGGCUCAGCAACAGGCGGCCUUACAGAAGCAGCAGCAGCAGGCUGACAUGAUGGUGCAGGGCACCAUGGAAACUAGCAGCUUCAACAGUGGUGAGCCCAUCGCUGCCUCAGCAGCGGGGCCUCUGUGUGCAGCCUCACUGCCUGCUGGAGAAGAAGCCCCAACAGUCAACGGAGGCCAGUCAGACUCUUAUUCAGAGAGCAUGGACCGGGAGCCAGAGCCAGAGCCGGCAGAAGAGGUCUCAGAGAAUGGGCCGUUAUUAGCAGACUCCCCACCAGUCAUAGCUGCUCCCUCCAUGUGGACACGGCCUCAGAUCAAGGACUUCAAGGAGAAAAUCCGGCAGGACGCAGACAGCGUGAUCACGGUGGGACGUGGCGAGGUAGUGACAGUGCGUGUGCCCACCCACGAGGAGGGAUCUUACCUGUUUUGGGAGUUUGCCACAGACUAUUAUGACAUCGGCUUUGGGGUGUUCUUCGAGUGGACGGAUGCUGCCUCUGCUUCGGUCAGCGUGCAUGUAUCCGAGUCCAGCGACGAGGAUGAGGAUGAAGAAGGUGAUCCUCCCAACGAGGAGGAGAAGGCGAAGAAGGAGGCAGGGAAGCCCCAGGUGGAUGAGAUUGUGCCGGUGUACCGGCGGGACUGUCACGAGGAGGUGUACGCCGGCAGCCACCAGUACCCCGGCCGCGGAGUCUACCUGCUCAAGUUUGACAACUCCUAUUCACUCUGGCGCUCCAAGAGUGUUUACUACAGAGUCUACUACACCAGAUAAGCCUGAAUACAGACACAGGGGGAGCCAAGGAGUGUGUAUGUUCAUAUAUGUGUGUGAGCGCGUGUGUGUAUGUGGAUGGAGAUCUGUGCGAUGACAGCCUGUGUGUAUGUGUGUGUGUACGUGUGUGUAUGUGUGAGGAAGAAAGUGUAUCCGGAUUUAUUCUGGAUAAAACCACCAGAGGGAGACAAAGACACAUCUGGAGCCCAAGUUUGGAGAUUGGACUAAUAUGUAUGUACUUUAUGUGUGUGCGUGUCCCAAGAUACACCCAUGCUAGAGCCUGUCAUCGAGCCCUUGGAAGAGGAGUGUGUAUUCCUGUUGUAUAUUCACAAUCUGUCCUUGCUGCGCUCACAUAGACCAAGCUGUAUGACUGCUCUCAUAUUGUAUUUUACCACUCUUCACCCUGGGGUCCUCUUUUGUCACCACCCCAGCCCGACACUGUCUAGUGUGGCCUUGUGGCUGCUUCUGCCCCGAACUGGCGCUUUCACAAGCGGAAACCCCGGCGAGUCCAGUGCUCACCAACUGUUUCCUGUUUGGUGGUAACGGUGGUUGUUUAUCCCACAAGAACACAAAAAUCAAAUGUAAUUCAUAACACUAUGUUCUCUUUGCCGAAUCUCUCUCACACACACAUUAAAAACACCAGUGCACACAAACUUAAUCAUCCUUUUUUUUGUUGUUAAACAGUAGUCCGUCACUUGCUUCCCAAGCUAACAUGCAUAUAUGAAGAGUCUACAGGCAACAUCUUUAUGAAGGACGGGCAAGAAGUCAUUCCAUGGUUUAAGUGUUAAAGGAGUGAGUAUAAAAUAGUAUGGACAUGGAAGAAAUGUGUCAUCUCAGUGUGAUACAGAAUAAGAAGUUCAGGAACAAACAAAUAAAUAUUGGCUCUCCCUCUGUCCUGCAAAUAUUUGUUUUUAUCUGUGACACUGUUUCAGUUUGUUCCACCUGUUGCCUCUAUACAGCGGCACCCCUGUUUUGUUUUUUUAAGGUGAGACCACAUGACUUAUUGCAUUAAAUCAACUGUCCUUGUCCUGCGCUCAUCUAUCCUUUUUAUGAAAGAACCAAGAAAAGGGGAGCUAGUAUUAAGACAGACGGAUAUUACAUGUAGAUUACGUGUGAGGGGUUUCUCUGUGUGUACUCGGUUCUGACACACAAGUGCAACUAAUACAAAUUGUAUGUUUUUGGAGGUCAUGACGCACUGUUACAUCUCUGCAGCUUUCAGAAAUCAAAAAUUCAUUACGCAAAACACAGUGUUGAUGUGUUCUGUUUGUUUUUUUCUCUUCCUGGUAUGAAUUAGCUGAAAUUGUCAUCUCAACGUAAGGUAUCGUGAAUAAACUGAGAUUGUGUGGUCGCUUACUAACUCAGUUGUGACAGAAGUGUACUCAACUUUUUUUUCUUUUCUUUUUAAUUUGUUGCCAUAAUUUAGAUUUCUUGUUUAGUUUCACAUUGCAAAAGGCGAGCUUUGUGUACCGACCACAUCGCAUGCAUUAUGAGCAAUGUGUUGUUCAGUAGGUGUUGGAGACAUUUAUUUGGUUUCACAAGCUGUAUUUGUACAUUUCUGUGUGUAUGCAACCAAACUUUAAAAGAUGCGGAGGUGGAAUAACUUAAGUUGAGUAAUCCUCUGAUGUCCCUGCUGAGUAUCACUUCAUCAUAUUAUUUAAUUAGAGGCCACUCCUUGCCUUCUAUUAUUCAGUGGUUUGUGUAACGAUAUGUCACUACGUGGCUUAACCGAGCCGUAAAGUUUAAGAAAGUUCCCGUAUGUUCUGAAGUUUGACGUUUGUUUCUUUUUUUUCUUACUGCUCACCAAAAUGGUUUGAGCUGACUUGUUCAAGCCUUGUAUGUAAAUAAUUCUAUAAAUGAGUUUAUGUAUGGGUUUUUAGAUGUGGAAGAAGGCUAUGGUUUUGAGAAUCAAUGCACUGUAAAAUAUGGUGAAUGAGAUAUAUGUAUACGUUUUACCCUGAAUGAAAGUCCAAAACUCGUAGGAAAGCAUAAAAAUGUAAGACUCUUAUCGACAUGACAGACAGAAAAGCUCAUCUUUUUGCAUUGUUUUGAGUUGUUUGGAUCUCUUAUGAGUUGCAAGAUCUUUUUGGGCAUAUAUUUAAUCUUGAUUAAACUUAUGUUCAUCUGUAGAA